AAAGAGUUUUCUAAACUAGUGGGAAGAAGCCCAGAGCCAGGGCUGGAGGAGAGUAUGGAGAUCCCAGGCUCUUUCCCUCUGGUGCUGGAGGGGCCCUGGGGUCCCGACCCUCCCAAGAAGUUGCGCAACAAGUUGCAAUGCUACUUCCAGAGCCCCCAGAGAUCCGGAGGGGGCGAAUGUGUUCUCACACUGCAGACCGGCCGCUCUGAGAUCCUUCUCCUCUUCGAACAUGAAGAAGCAAGGCAACGGGUUCUAAAGCGAGAGAACCAUGAGUUACAAUUGGCAGGAGGGGAAAAAUUGAAACUCACUGUCAAACUGCCUACAGUAAAGGAUGGGAAUAAAAUCAGUGAGAAACCAGUCACCACAAAAGAAUCCCAGACCAAAGAUGGAGCCCAAGAACAAGCAGCAUCAGAAGACCAGGACACAAAGCUCCCACUGGAGAGAAGAUCAGCCCAGACCAAGGGUAUCUCCAAAGGCCCUGAAACUAUUUCCUCACUGGUUGUAUUUAAAAAUAUCCAAAACACGAUCACAGAAGAUCUAUUGACUUUGUUGGUGGAGAAUGUGAGUGGCUUCUCAGAAACAAGAGGGGACUUUACAGUAGAGAUCAUACCAGAAGCUGAGGUUGCUGUGGUUACCUUUCUGAAAACCAUUGAUGCAGAGACAUUUAUUGCUAUUUGUGCUGAGAAUCACAAAAUAGAAGAACUUAAGAUUUGUGCAUCACCUCUAGAAGUGACAAGGACUAUUCUGGUGGAAGACCUACCCCCAGGUGUUAAUGAAUAUUACAUAACUCUUUUCUUUGAAAGCCAAAAAAAUGGAGGGGGACCAGUAACCAGAGUCCAAUAUUUUCCAGAGGAGAAUUCAGCCCUGAUUCAGUUUGAUACAUAUGAAGUGCUUGACACCAUAUUGACAAAGAAGCUUCUCUUCAACAACAGUCCCAUUUCAAUGUUUCCAUACUACCCUACUUUGGGUACUGCUUUAUAUGGAAAGACAAAGCCACCAGUGAAGCUUCCAGAGCCCUUAACGGUGCCAAUGGAGCCUCAUCUGUUGAAGUUCUUACAGAAGGAUGAUAAAAGAAUUGGAGAGAUAACUAACAGCAUGGAGAGGGCUCACUGUGAGCUAACAUGGCCCCAACCUAAUUGUAAAGAGCCAGAAAUUAUACCCAGUGCAAAAAUUACACUCAGUCCUUCAGCCACUUUAGUCAGCCAAAGAACAAAGAGCAGCAUAAUCAAGACAUGGAGUAAAGAUGUUUCUAAGAGAUUCUCUUGUCUUAUGUCUGAAUACCAGGUCACUAAGUAUGCAGUAGACCCAGUGGUGUGGGAAGCCAUCAAAGACAGCAUAGAAAACAAGAGCAUUUUGACUGAGUUUGAUAAGCCUCAGAAGACAGUGGUCAUAGCAGGGAGACUGGAGAAUGUGCAAAGAACUGAACCACAAAUAAGGAGUCUGAUAGAAAAGGCCACCCAAAAAAUAGAAAGGGAAAAACAAAGUAUAAGAGAGAACUUGACUGUGUGUCCUGGACGGUUUUCCAUUUUACAGAACAACAAGUUAGAAGAGACUCUCCACAACGAAUACCCAGAGCUGGGAGUCACUUACGAUGUCCUCACAAAGAGCAUUUGCUUGACUGGAUUAGCUACAGAUGUGUUCAAAGCAAAGAGUGAAAUUCUAGAGAAGCUACAGAGCUUGGCCAAGAAAUUUCUCCAUUUUCCUCCACAAAUCAUUCAGUUUUUGCAGCAAGUAAACUGUGAGACAUUCUCUGAAUCUCUUUUUGGAGCUGAGAAUAUUCCUGUUGUUUAUGAGGUGGAGGGUGAAGCUGUUGUGCUGGUUGGCUCCUCUCCCCAAGUUCUUUCAGAAGCUGAAAAAUGUAUGAAGAAAGCCUUGACCUGCAAGUGCAUCAGUGAGGUAGACAGUUGGAUUCUUAAUGAUUGUCAGUGGAAAACACUCACUGGCAAUUUAAAUAAGAAAUACAAUGGCUCCUCAAAGACUGUCAUAAUAGAACAGCAAACUUCAGGCACUGGAGUUAAGAUAAUAAUUGCUGGCUGUGUUAGUCCAGUGUGUGAAAGCCACCAAGAACUUUGUGAAUUUAUAGAAAAAAAUACAAAAAUAGAGGAAUUGGUCUCUGUGAAAUCUCUAGAAGUUAUCCAGUAUAUGGAGGAAAAUAAGCAAAUCUGGAAAAAACUAAGGGAAAAAAAUGUAAAGGUCAAUUUCAAAACCCUGGCCAACCAAAGGGGCAUUUCACUGAGUGGUCCAAAAGAAGAAGUAAUGAGAGGAGUGGCCAUGGUCAAACAAACACUAGACUCAAUACAUAUUAGAAAUUUUAGCAUUGAUAAACCAGGAGCCAAAUCCUUAUUCAAAGAUAGAGAAGAGGUUUAUAAAAUGGAAGCAAAAAGGAAGUAUAGUUGUUCAAUUUGGCUACAAGAAGAUGGAGACAAGAGCAGUGGGGGCAGUAUUGAUGGGCAGAAGGUCCACUGCAAGAUAACCUUAGAAUCUGGCAUCUUAUUAACUGUUCAAGAAGGUGACUUAACCCAGUUCUCAGUAGAUGUGGUGGUGAAUGCAGCAAAUGAGGACCUAAAGCUCUUUGGAGGCCUGGCAGCUGAACUCUCUAAAGCAGCAGGCCCAAAGCUACAGUGGGACUGUGACCAGAUAAUCCAGGAAAAGGGUAAGAUCCUUCCUGGCCGUGCUGUUGUCUCAGCUGCUGGACAGCUCCCAUGUCAGCAAGUGAUUCAUGCUGUUAGCCCCAGGUGGAAACAAGGACAUGCUGACAGAUGUGUGCAGUUAUUAAAAAUUGCUAUCACAGAAAUUUUUUAUCUGACUGGAUUUUAUGGGCACACUUCAAUAGCCAUCCCAGCUCUUGGCUCUGGGAUCUUUGGCUUUCCUUUAAAAGAGUGUGCAGAAACCAUCAUCCAGUCCAUCAAGGAAAACUUCCAGGACUCCCCAAAUACACAUAGCUUGAAACAGAUUCAUCUUGUUGAUUCAUCUGAGGAGACAGUUAAAGCUCUUUCCAAAGCUGUGAAAAACAUCUUUAAAGAUCUUUUUCCUAAUAACAAUUUAAUGCCCUGUUCACAAUUAGAAGGCCAGGAAACCAAUCUGAGAAAAAAAGCUGAAUAUGGAAACGUGCUGGCUUCCAUCCAAACUAGAGAAGGCCUGAGUAUCUUGUUGAUGAAGGGAGAUAUUCAGGAUGCUGAGACUGAUAUUAUUGUCAACUCCAUUUCCUCGGAUCCUCCCUUUAAUGGAGGAGAACUUUGUCGGGCCAUAUUGAAGAAAGCUGGUCCAUCUCUCCAAGCAGAGUUAAAUGAAGUGGGGAAAAGACUGGAAAUGAAAACAGGAUCUGUUCUCCUGACCAGUGGCUGUAAUCUGAACUGCAUCUUUGUUCUCCAUGCAGUAAUUCCUGUGUGGGAUAAUGGAAAAGGUCAUUCACAAAAGGUCAUGGAAGAUAUAGUCAGAGAAUGUUUGGACACUCCUGAGAUUCUCUCUCUAACAUCAGUCACAUUUCCAGCAAUUGGAACAGGAGUGGCAACAUUUCCAAAAACCAUUUUUGCUGAAUUAAUCCUUUCACAAGUGUUUAAAUUCAGUUGUACAAGACCUUUGAAAACCCUAAAAGAAGUUCACAUUCUGUUGCAGGCCACUGAUAUAGAAAACAUUAAGGCAUUUUCGGAUGAAUUCAUUAGAUGGGAUAGUCGAAAUAGAAAUGGAAAUCCUACCAGUUGCAGAGUUGCCAAGACUAUUGAUAGACAAGAUUUCUUUGGGACUAUUUCUAAUACUACACCUGGAGUUUAUGAAACAACCAUUGGUUCUAUUUCCUUUGUAGUUGCCUCUGGAAAUAUUACUGAGGAACAAGAAGAUGUUAUUGUAAACUCUACAAGUGAAACAUUCAACCACAAAGGAGGGGUUUCCAAAGCCAUUUUAGAAGCUGCCGGACCAAAUGUGGAAUUGGAAUGUGAACGAUUAGCUAAACUGCCUCAUGGCAAUUUUAUAAUUACACGAGGGGGAAAUCUGAAGUGCCAAAAAAUAAUUCAUGUAGUUGGUCACAAAGAUGUUAAAGACACAGUUUCCAGUGUCUUACAAGAGUGUGAGCAGAUGAAGAGCAAAUCUGUUGCCCUCCCACUCAUUGGAACAGGAAAUGCCAAACAAGACCCAGAUAUUGUUGCUAAAAAAAUAAUUGAUGCUGUUGAAGACUUUGCAUGGAAAGGGUCUGCCCAAUCAGUGAAAAAUGUAAAAGUAGUCGUCUUCCUGCCACAGCUACUAAAAAUGUUUUAUGGCAUUAUGAAAAAAAGGGAGGGCUCUGUGGUGCCGACCUCAUUGUUCUCUAAAUUAAAAGUACUUUUAGGUCUUAGAAGACAUGAUUUGGUUUUUGGAAAGAAAAUAGAAUCAACUGUGUUUCAGAUAUGUGGUGAAAGUGAGGAGAAUAUUGAAAACACUGUCUCUUGGAUACAAGAUUUAAUUUUAAAAGAACAAAAGAGUUACACCUCCUCAGAUGAAGCCAUCCAAAACUUCGGUGAAGAAGAAUUCAAGGAACUGAACAAGCUACAGAGAAAUUUGAAUAUCACCAUUUCCCCCCAAAAUAACUUCUGUCUCCAGGUUGUAGGACUUGCCAGAGAUGUAUUAAAGACUUCCCGCACAAUUGAGUACAUGAUCCAGAGAGUUCAGUUAGAUGUAGAAAAAUGACUCUAAGGCUGAGUUGUUCAUUGUGUCCAUUGAAUGGAAGUAUAACAACAAUGGUGUUAAACUUUGAUUUCUUUUUUUCCCUUCCCUUCCCUUCUCUAUUCCCUGUCUUUCCCUUCCCUGCCCUGCCUCUUAAAUCCUAGAGGAAUAUAAGGGUCCAUCUCUAAUCAGUCAUUUAUACCUUAGAAAACUGAUUCAUAUAUUUCCCCAUUAAAAUUAAUAAAUUAGUAACUUUCUCAUUUGCAAGCCAGUCUCUUCUCAGUUCUCCUUAGCUUAAAUGAAUGCUCCCAAAUAACUGCAGGGAUUGAUUACUUUUGAGUAAAGAGAUAAAAACAAUCAUCUGAAUCUCCCAAACUUAUUAUACAAUAGGCAAUGGUGAAAGCAUGAAUGAUUUUUCCAUUAGAUUUUGCCAGAAAUGAGACUAUAAUGGAGGUGCGGGAAGAUGAAGAGGAAUAAGAGGGUACGGGAGACCUUAUUUUCUUUUAUUUUUUAGAAAGCUGAUUAGCCCAUUGGUAGAGCCAACAUGAACAUUCACAAGCACAUUUGAAUCCAACUCAGGCUCAGUUUUCUAAACCAGUUGCUUUCCUAACUCCACUAUUUACUUAUCAUAAUUGUUGACAUCCCAGACAAUGCCCUGAACAAUGUUCCUGGGCUCAUAUGCAACAAUUAAGGCUCUAAGAAUAAAUGGAAUGAGCAUUGUGGGGAUGUUUUCCCUCAAAGACCCUAUGAGGCUGAAAGUUUUCCAGGUUAUUUCUGGUGCUCCUUGUGUUCCUUUGCUGUCUUCCCCUUCAUCAGAACCCCAUUCUGAGCUGGGAAGUUAGCUAGGAGGAUCUUGUAAUAAAGGUCAUUAAAUAUUGGAAGCUGUGUCUAGAUAAGGAUGGGAAAAUCACAGGGAAUUAUCAGGUACUGUGGUGAAUUACCUGGCAUAAAUCAUAGUGGCUAUUGGUCCUUGGCUGUCCCCAAGCAAUGGGAAUUAUGUUGUAGUCAACUGGACCAUCUGACUUGGUGAUAUACUUCCCAUUUCACUCUAUGUUGCAAUACUGGAAGCAGGCAGCAAAGUGGUGUAUACAGCAUUGUACUGGUCAUCAUAGGGCAGCAGGGCCUGAGUCUAGCUCCCAAAAGAGUUAAUGUACCAUAUGGUUGAUAUGGCAAACACCAGAAAGGCAUUUUUCCUCUGGUGGGAUCAUGUGGAAGUGAUUGAACAUCUAGAAUCUGCUCAAAGUUGUCAAAAUGAACAUGAAGGGUGAUUGAAAGACAGAGAGUUGAUCACAGUGAAUUUAUCCCAACAAUAGGCCCAGAAUUCAAACAUUUUAAGUGUUACUUCCAAACUCUAACUUUUGGUAUAUUGGUAGACAAGGCCACAAAGUGUUUUGCCACAGCUGGAAGAUAUCUUUGGGACCCAAAGUAAUCAUUCCUUGGCUGUGUCAUCAUUGGCAGUGAUUUCCAGGGUGGUGAAGAUCUUCAAAACAAUGAUGAAGCAUAUAGUCUAUGGUUUUAGAGUAGUAAGGGUCUUGGCAAUAAAAGUGCCAUAAUGCUGGAAAUUAAUGACCUCCUUGGGAAUAGGACUUCAGUGUUUCUGUCACCAUCAAAGGACCAAAAUAAAAACUUGCAAUGCCAAUGGUGA